CGGCGGCGACAUGGAGCCGCGGGAGGUGAAGGACCGGAUCCUGGAGAACAUCUCGCUGUCGGUGAAGAAGCUGCAGAGCUACUUUGCUGCGUGUGAAGACGAGACCCCUGCCAUCCGGAACCACGACAAGGUCCUGCAGCGUCUGUGUGAGCACUUGGACCACGCCCUGCUGUAUGGACUGCAAGACCUCUCGUCGGGCUACUGGGUGCUCGUGGUGCACUUCACCCGGAGAGAGGCCAUCAAACAGAUCGAGGUGCUGCAGCACGUGGCCACCAACCUGGGGCGCAGCCGGGCCUGGCUGUACCUGGCCCUCAACGAGAACUCCCUGGAGAGCUACCUGCGGCUGUUCCAGGAGAACCUGGGGCUGCUGCAUAAGUACUACGUCAAGAAUGCCCUGGUCUGCAGCCACGAUCACCUGACUCUCUUCCUGACCUUGGUUUCUGGGCUGGAGUUCAUUCGAUUCGACCUGGACCUGGACGCCCCUUACUUAGACUUGGCCCCCUACAUGCCUGACUACUACAAACCUCAGUACCUGCUGGACUUUGAGGACCGCCUUCCCAACUCGGCCCAUGGCUCGGACAGCCUGUCGCUCAACUCCUUCAACUCCGUCACCUCCACCAACCUGGAGUGGGACGACAGUGCCAUCGCCCCGUCCAGCGAGGAUUAUGAUUUUGGAGAUGUGUUUCCAGCAGUGCCGUCUGUACCCAGCACAGACUGGGAAGACGGAGACCUCACAGACACUGUCAGUGGUCCUCGCUCCACUGCCUCGGACCUGACCAGCAGCAAAGCGUCCACCAGGAGUCCCACCCAGCGCCACAACCCCUUCAAUGAAGACCAGGCGGAGACCGUCUCCUCCUCUGACACCACCCCUGUGCAUGCCACCUCUCAGGAGAAGGAGUCCCACACCCCCGAGCUGCCAGACACCUGCACAGAGCUCGAAGUCAUCAGGGUCACCAAGAAAAAGAAAACUGGUAAGAAGAAGAAGACCAGAUCAGACGAGGAAGCAAGUCCUCUUCACCCAGCCUCUGUCCAGCACGCCGGCGCCAGGAGCGGGGACGGCGACAGCCGGGUCAGCAGCCCAGGCCUGGGGCGGGGCUCACCAGACACCACCUUUGCUUCCCCCCAGGAGAAGGGGGAGGGGCCCGGCAGCACAGCUGAGAGCAGCGAGCGCUCCGAGCCCAGCCAGAUGGGCCUGCUCAUCCCUGAAAUGAAGGACACCUCCAUGGAGCGCUUGGGGCGGCCCCUGAGCAAGGUCAUCGACCAGCUCAACGGGCAGCUGGACCCUCGCACCUGGAGCUCCCACAUCGAGCCCCCCGACCAGCCCUUUCGGACCGGCUCUCCGGGGGACACCCCGGAGAGGCCGCCAUUUUGUGACUUUAGUGAGGGGCUUCCAGCCCCAAUGGACUUCUACCGCUUUACCGUCGAGAGUCCAAGUACUGUUACAUCAGGUGGCAGCAACCAUGACCCUGCAGGGCCUAGCCAACCGCUGCAUGUUCCUGGUAGCCCUGCGGCUGCUGGCCAAGAAGAAGCGGGAGGAGGAGGAGAGGGACAGGCGCCUCCACUCCUAGAGGACACCCUGGAGGAGGCUCAGGAGCCAGAGACCCAGGAACUGGAGACCCAGUUGCCCCCAGUCGGUGAGGGGCUUGUGGCUGAGCAGCAGCCUGGGACCCAGGAGGCUCUUUGCCCGCUCAAGCGAGACCAGCCCAGCCCGUGUCUGAGCAGCGCUGAGGACUCUGGGGUGGAUGAGGGGCAGGGGAGCCCUUCUGAGAUGUCCCACUCUGCAGAGUUCAGAGUAGACAACAAUCACUUACUCCUGCUGAUGAUCCAUGUGUUUCGAGAAAACGAAGAGCAGCUCUUCAAAAUGAUCCGGAUGAGCACGGGGCACAUGGAGGGCACGCUGCAGCUGCUGUACGUGCUGCUCACAGACUGCUACGUCUACCUGCUCCGGAAAGGGGCCACAGAGAAGCCAUACCUGGUGGAAGAAGCCAUUUCCUACAGUGAACUUGACUACGUGUCGGUGGGCCUGGACCAGCAGACGGUGAGGCUGGUGUGCACCAACCGCAGGAAGCAGUUUCUGCUGGACACGGCUGACGUGGCCCUGGCUGAGUUCUUCUUGGCUUCACUGAAGUCAGCCAUGAUCAAGGGCUGUCGGGAACCACCCUAUCCCAGCAUCCUGACCGAUGCCACCAUGGAGAAGCUGGCACUGGCCAAAUUCGUGGCCCAGGAAUCUAAGUGUGAGGCGACCGCUGUUACUGUGCGCUUCUACGGGCUCGUGCACUGGGAGGACCCCUCGGACGAGUCCCUGGGCCCUGUCCCCUGCCACUGCUCACCCCCUGAGGGUGCCACCACCAAAGAAGGCAUGCUGCAUUACAAGGCGGGCACCUCCUACCUGGGCAAGGAGCACUGGAAGACUUGCUUCAUGGUACUCAGCAACGGGAUCCUCUACCAGUAUCCCGACCGCACCGAUGUCACCCCCCUGCUCUCAGUGAACAUGGGGGGGGAGCAGUGCGGCGGCUGCCGGAGGCCCAGCACCACGGACCGGCCCCACGCCUUCCAGGUCAUCCUGGCCGACCGGCCCUGCCUGGAGCUGAGCGCCCAGAGCGAGGCUGAGAUGGCCGACUGGAUGCAGCACCUCUGCCAGGCCGUGUCCAAGGGGGUGAUCCCGCAGGGGGUGACUCCCAGCUGCAUCCCCUGCUGCCUGGUGAUCACGGAGGACCGCCUCUUCACCUGCCACGAGGACUGCCAGACCAGCUUCUUCCGCUCCCUGGGCACCGCCCUGCUGGCCGAUGUCAGCGGCGUCUCCACGGAGCCUGGCCGGGAGUACUGCGUCUUGGAGUUCUCCCGGGACGGCCAGCAGCCCCUCCCGCCCUGGGUCGUCUACUUGAGCUGCACGUCUGAACUGGACCGAUUCCUGUCUGCACUGAACUCCGGGUGGAGAACCAUCUACCAGGUGGACCUCCCCCACAAGGCCAUCCAAGAAACCUCCAACAAGAAGUUCCAGGACGCCCUGAGCCUCAUCCACAGCGCGUGGCAGCGCAGCGACAGCCUCUGCCGUGGCAGGGCCUCCCGGGACCCCUGGUGCUGAGGGGCUGCCGGCGUCCUGGUGGCAGGACAGGCAGGCUCGCCGAUCGGCACUCCCGUGUUUCUCGGGGCCAGGCUUCCGCCCCAUUCCACAGCCCCUCCCCCUCGGGCAGCGCAACCAACGAGCGGAGCCUGAGACGGUCUGCCCUCCCGGUCCCCCGAGUGGGUGCUCGGCACUGGGAAGCGCCAGGGGCAGAGGGUCGAGCCCUAUGGGCUCUGUAUUUGCACAGCCCCCCGAGGGCAUGGCCUUAGUCACGCCAUCUCUUCAGGAUGGCAGUGCAUGUCAUGUUGACCCUGAGGGCAGCAGGACAGGAGGGCAGGAGUCCCUCUUCCUCUCUUGGGCCCGGGGGCAGAGGCUCAGGCUGCCCCAGGCCCUGAGUGCCUGGCCUCCUUGUUCGUGUUUGAACAUCCCCUGGCCGUGCGGGGAGCUGGGACACAGGUCUCACUGCAUGUCUCCUCACUGACUCCCCGAGCACACUGCUGCCCGCCUCCCAGGGCUAGGGCCGGGGCGGGACUGGCCCUCCCUGGCUGCCAGGAGGCCCUGCAUGUCCCCUGAACCUGGCAGUGCCCGUGGACCUAGGAAGCAGGCUGUCCCCUUUCACCGGGAACAAAAGGGAGGGACGGGGGCUUGGAGGGGAGCAGCCUGGUGGCCAUGCUGGAGCCUCCUGACUGCCCCUGCUUGGCUAGAGCCAGGCCCUUCCCAAGAGCUUUGUCAAGGGCCCUCUAGGGGGACGGAGUCAGGUGGUUUGGGGUUUGUUUUUUAAAAUAAAAUAGAUAUGUUAU